UCUGUGCGUCUCGGUGCGUCGCUGAUCUGAGCGUCACCUCUCCUUCCUCUCUUUCGAUUUUGGCGUGAAGAUGGAGAAGCGCUGUAUGGACUCAAAAGUCAAAGGAGUCAGCACAGGGACCACCAUUCUGGCUGCCAUCUUUGAUGGAGGGGUCGUGAUUGGUUCAGAUUCCAGGGCUUCCAUCGGAGGGGAAUAUGUGUCAUCUAAGACCAUCAACAAGGUGAUUCAGGUUCAUGACCGGAUCUUCUGCUGCAUGGCCGGCUCACUCGCAGACGCUCAGGCUGUCAUUAAGGCUGCAAGGUUCCAACUGUCCUUCCACAGUGUCCAGAUGGAGUCCCCUCCACAGGUGAUAGCAGCAGCAUCAGUGCUGAAGGAACUGUGUUACCAGAAUAAAGAUGAGCUGCAGGCUGGCUUCAUCACAGCAGGCUGGGACAGGAAGAAAGGGCCACAGGUGUACGUUGUGGCUCUAGGUGGGAUGUUGGUGAAUCAGCCUGUUACCAUCGGUGGCUCAGGCAGCACUUACAUUCAUGGCUACGUUGAUGCCAAAUACAAACCCAACAUGAACAAAGAGGAAUGCCUACAGUUCGCCACGAAUGCUCUUGCUCUGGCGAUGGGCAGAGACAACGUCAGUGGAGGUGUGGCUCACCUGGUGGUGAUCACAGAGACGGGGGUGGAGCACGUGGUCGUCCCUGGAAACAAGCUGCCCAAGUUCCAUGAUGAGUGAACCGCCAAUGAAAGAUGAACUUCAUUGCAUAAAGGGGUUGGGGGGUUGGGGGGUGGAGUGGUGAGCUACAAUUUUAACAGACACACUAGUUAGACACAUGAAAAAGAGCUUUAUAGAAGUGUAUACAAAAGCUGUACAAAAAUAUAACAUUCCACUCUCAACUCAGAAAACAAAACCAUUUCCUUUAUAAAAUACAAUUUUUUUUCUGUCUUGUUAUGUGUCUAAAUCACAUGUUUUGUGUUGUUUUAACAUGAUGAAAUAUGUGAAACUGAAAUAAACAAAAAUAUUUUUUUU